UUUCAACGUCGCCUACAGACGGAACCGUAAGCCUGUAACCUGCCCGGAGUUGACUUGUGUGGAGCAGACUCGCUUCGCAGGAGUGAGCUAAACUAGCUGGGUAGGAGCAUUUGGGAGAUUUCACAGUGCAUGCGGCUAGCUUGCUAGGGUACCCAUCACCAGUGAGUAACCGCCCCCAUUCGCAGAUUGGGGUACCUUUGCCGCUUGGUGAGUGUGUCAGUGAAAAAAUAAAUAAAAGUGGUGCCAUCGCCGGGGACCGAUUGCGCGAAUGCAGAAGACGGUGGGCCUGGGACGAAUGACUGUUUGACCAGCUCGCAGCAUCCAAGUGCCGUGCCGUGGUUUCCUGUAGGAAACGACAGUAAAACGGGCCGUUUUCCCGGUGCAUUUUCAGUGCAUAAGCAUCUCGGCUCAGGACCGUUACGACUGUCGCGCAUCUCCCGAGCGUGAUGGCUGAUGACCUGUGUGCUGCUCUGGAGAAGCUGAAGCUGGCAUCAGUGGAAAGCGCUCCGGACGGUGUGGAGGGGUGCCUGGACUGCCUGCUCAACGCGCUGGCAAACAACAAUGCCGAGGCCAGUGCACGGAUCCAGGAUUCGGGGAUCCUCCCUCUUUUCUCCGCACUCCUGAAUCAGCCGACGCCCUGCACCCCCAAAGUCGCCAACAUCAUAGCCGAGGUCGCCAAAAACGAGUCUCUGAGGAGCUCCUGUGUGGGCUCGGGCUUGAUCCCCCCCCUGGUGCAGCUGCUCAACUGCGCAGAUCAGGAGGUGCUGCUGCAGACGGGCCGUGCCCUGGGGAACAUCUGCUACGACAGCCAUGCGCUACAAGCGCAGCUGAUCAGCAUGGGCGUGAUUCCCACUCUCGUGAAGCUGCUGGGGGUUCACUCAGAAAACUCGGCACUGACGGAGAUGUGCCUGAUCGCCUUCGGCAACCUGGCGGAACUCGAGUCCAGCAGGGAACAGUUUGCCUGCACGGGCGUCGCGGAGGAGCUGGUCGGGCUGUUCCGGAAGCAGGUGGAGCGCGAGAAGAAGGAGGUCAUCUUCGAGGUCCUGGCCCCGCUGGCCGAGAACGAUGUGAUUAAGCUGCAGUUGGUGGAGGCGGGGCUGGUGGAGUGCCUGCUGGACGUGGUGGAUGAGGCGCUGGGGGGGGGCAGGGAGGAGGACCUGGCCGAGCUGAAGACUGCCUCUGACCUGCUGGUGCUGCUGCUGCUGGGAGACGAGUCCAUGCAGAAGCUGUUUGAAGGGGGGCAGGGCAGCGUGUUCCAGAGAGUUCUCUCCUGGGUUCCCUCCAACAGUCACCAGCUUCAGCUGGCGGGGGCGCUGGCCAUCGCCAACUUCGCCCGCAACGACGGUAACUGCAUCCACAUGGUGGACUCGGGCAUCGUACAGAAGCUUCUGGAUCUUCUGGAGAGGCACACGCAGGAGGGCAACGUCACCGUGCAGCACGCCACCCUCAGCGCCCUCAGGAACCUGGCCAUCCCCGUGGUGAAUAAGUGGAAGAUGCUGUCGGCGGGCGUGGCCGACGUGGUGCUGAAGUUCCUCUCCUCGGAGAUGCCGCCGGUGCAGUUCAAACUCCUGGGGACGCUGCGCAUGCUGAUCGACACGCAAGCGGAAGCGGCCGAGCAGCUGGGGACCAACUUGAAGCUGGUGGACAGGCUGGUGGAGUGGUGCGAGGCCAAAGACCACGCCGGGGUGAUGGGCGAGUCCAACCGCCUGCUCUCCGCCCUCAUCCGGCACAGCCAAUCAAAGGACGUUGUCCAGGCGGUCAUCCUCGGGGGCGGGGUCAAGCACAUGGUAACCAUGGCGACAAGCGAGCAUGUGAUCAUGCAGAACGAAGCCCUGGUGGCUCUGGGACUGAUCGCUGCGCUGGACCUGGACUCUGCAGUGAAGGAGUUUCAGAGCACCUCCCUGGUGCAGAUUCUGCACAGGCUGCUGUCAGACGAGUGCAGCGCCCCAGAGAUAAAGUACAACUCCCUCAUCCUCACCUGCGCUGUGCUGGGGUCAGAUUCUCUGCAUAAGGAGGUGCACGGGCUGACUUUCCGGGAGGUGGUGUCCCGGCUGCGGGGGCACGAGAAUAAGACGGUGGCCCACCAGGCGUCCCUGACGGAGCAGAGGCUGACUGUACAGAGCUAA